GCAUUGCUCCCGAAGCUGGCCGAGAUGCGGCGCGGCUGGGACUUCUUCCAGAUCGACGACAAAGCGCAGUUCCUCGGGGCACUCAUCGGGCCCAUGGUGUCCCUCGGCAUGGUUUGGGAGGUCGGCCACGUGUCCCUUGCGCACCGCAGGCGCGAGCAAUUGUUGCUGUGCGAG